AUGGGUUUACCUCCGCCCGAACUAGCUCCUCAAUUGAUCAAGAUGAUGGAGGAGCAAAGAGGGGCGACUGGACAGGCCGGGCAAUCUCGCCCCGACCUCGCAGGACCCAGUACUCAUCAGCCUGGCCGGGGAAAAGAGCUAGAGGGAUCACAGGAGGCUGAGAACAGAGGUAAUGCUACUGUCAGAGAGAUCGGCAUGAUCUCUGGAGGGCCAACUGACGGAGAUUCAGGGAGAGCACGUAAGUCUCAUGUACGUCGCUUGGAGGUUCAUGCCGUUGGGUGCAGUCAGGAGCAAGCUGCUGACCCUGUUAUUAGUUUCGGACCAGCAGACCUAGAGGGUUUGGAGUUGCCUCAUGACGAUGCACUCAUCAUCAAGGCCAUCAUUACCAAUAGCCGAGUGGAUCGGGUUUUCAUCGACACCGGGAGCUCAGUCAACAUUCUAUUCAAGACCGCAUUCGAAGAAAUGCAAAUUGAUGCUGCUGAACUCCAGCCGGUGGCCACAUCUCUAUACGGAUUUACAGGCAAUGAAGUGAAGCCUAUGGGUUAG